UGAACAUAUCCCAAUAUGUUACCUACUUUGGGUACGUCGUAUUGAAGCAUUUCAGGCAAGAGUAUAAAGGAAAGCCGUGUCUAUGUCUUCCAUUCAAGUAAAUAUCACGGAACAUGGUUAUCGCACAGCUAACUCACCAUGGCUCGUAACUUACAAUACUUGACCUUCGUUAGCAUUGCUUCAGCAGCCUUCACUGGCAACCUUAACUAUGACUCUCCCUCAAAGCACCAUGCAUCACUAGGUGUCUCGAUCAACAGGGUAGCUAAGCGGACAUACGGCAACUCUCCUUGGAAUUCAGACCAACUAAAUUUCACUCAUGGCAUUGCUUCCGGUGACCCAUACGACGAUAGUGUUAUCCUAUGGACAAGGGCUGCGCCAAGUAGCGAUAACAAUGAGAGUAACGUAACCGUGUCGGGUUAUGUUCCGCUCUAUGACCAUUCGACUGAGCAGUAUGUGGCAAAGAGCGACUCUCCAGUCUGUGUCGAUUGGAAAAUCAGCGCGUCAAAAUCAUUCAAUGAUAUUAUUGAUUCUGGGAAAGCAUAUACUAGUUCUGAUAUUGACUACACUGUGAAGGUCGAAGCCAAGAAAUUGAAACCUUCUACAACUUACUACUAUCAGUUCAAUGUGUGUAACUCUAACAACAGUUCACCUAUCGGCCGUACCAAGACAAUUCCCUCUGCCAAUGACGAAGUAUCUGAACCAGUGAGACUUGCUGUGUACUCCUGCAGCAAUUACCCAUUUGGUUUCUUCAACGCAUACGGUAAUCCGGUCAGGAAGGACUCUGUCGAUUAUGUGAUCCACCUUGGUGACUAUAUAUACGAGUACGCCAACGGUGAAUACGGUUGGGGUAAUUCUUUUGAUCGUAUCCCGCUUCCGGACAGGGAGAUACUCACUCUAUAUGAUUAUCGAAAGCGUAUCGCCACAUACAGAACCGAUCUAGACUUGCUAGCAAGCCAUCAGAACUUCCCCUGGAUAGCCGUAUGGGAUGAUCACGAGGUUGCUGAUAAUACCUGGCGUAGCGGUUCGUCACAUAUGAACAAUACUGAGGAGUCAUUCAUAAUGGAUGGUGGCGUACCAGUUGACCAGCGGAAGAUGAAUGCUGUCCGAGCAUAUUUCGAAUGGAUGCCCAUUCGACAAGUUGACAUGGAUGACAAUCUACGAAUAUGGCGUAAUUUUAAAUUCGGCAACUUAUUCGAUCUUGUGAUGCUCGACACAAGGCAAUAUGACCGAGCCAUCACCGAUGUGUAUUGGAAUACUGAAUAUCUAGGCGAAAUCUACAACGAUGCUAGCCGAACCCUAAUGGGUGCGCGGCAAGAAGCUUGGUUCUAUCGUACAUUGCGCGAAAGCUCGACACGAGGCGCCACCUGGCGUGUCAUAGGCAAUCAGAUUGUCUUCAGCCGAAUUAAUUCAAGCGCUAGCACUGGUGCAAAUUUACCUUACAAUUACGAUCAAUGGGACGGCUACCAAGCCAAUCGCAACCGCACAUUUCAUACUAUUUACGAGAAUAACAUAGGAAAUAACGUUUUCCUCGCUGGUGACUCGCAUGCUUCCUGGGUAUCUGACCUCGUGUGGCUUGAUGAGCAUCCCUACGAUCUAGCUACUGGAUCCGGGUCAAUGGGUGUUGAGUUUGCAGGAUCUGCUGUUAGCUCUCCGUCGCCAGCUGGACAGAACGUCACCCUAGAUGCCGCCAUGGCCUACUCAGAAUGGCUUACAGCUGCAAAUGCCGAGCUUCAGUGGCAGGAACUAUAUUACCGUGGUUAUUACGAGUUAUAUAUCAGCCACGAGAAGGUUGACGCCUCAUUCUUCGGUAUUCCAACUACCACUCUCCGGAAUGGAUAUGAGAUUCCCCUAGCCAACUUUACUGUUCUUGCAGGUGAGAAUAAGUUACAUCGAACUAACGGGUCUCCCAGUGUGGGAAAUGUAGAGAGUGGAAGUAUUAAAGGUGGCACACCUACACAUUCAAACUUAACAUAUGACACAGAGACUAAAAAAUGGUUUACAUAUACCGACCCUUAGUUGCUUACAGGAGGGUAGAGCUCACAUCUGCAUGUAGAGUACCUCCCUACCUUCCUACCUACCUAGUAGGUACCCAGGCAGUAUACUGACGCUUGUGGAAUCCUCGGCGAUUGUUAAAUAGGUACCUACCUAGUACAUAUGGGUAAUGGGAAACCCUAAUUGAUCCAUCGGUAGACAUCAUGCAUGGCCUCUUUUAUGCAUCUUAAGAUCUUCCGAACAGAUUCACUGUUCAUAGGUCUUGAGUCCAAACCCUCCCAUGUACUUAGGAGGUAACUUCUUGUUCAUAGCUAAUGU